GAUUAAUACUAUAUUAUGUUUGUCCUAUAUAAUUUUUUAACACCUGUAAAAACGAUUUAUUCUUCUUUUUUUUUUUUGUUGCAGGAAAUGGAAUUCGAUUGGGAUGAAAAAACCCAAGGAUUAAUAUUAAGUUCAUUCUUUUGGGGGUACGUUAUCACGCAGAUGCCAGGUGGCAUGUUGGCCGAUUUAUACGGAGGCAAAGCCACGCUGGGCUUAGGAAUGCUGUUUAGCAGUAUCGGUACGAUCAUCACACCUUUUGUGGCCAGGAGUUAUGGGCCAUCAGAACUGAUUAUACUGCGAUUGAUCAUUGGACUCGCUCAAGGACCAUUAUAUCCUGCAAUGAGCAGGUUACUUGCCACAUGGGUACCAAUUGAAGAACGAGGUCGAUUGGGAUCUCUGGUAUUUGCCGGAGCACAAGUAGGUAACGUUGCUUCCAUGCAGUUAGGCGGCUUUCUUAUGCGGUAUACUAAUAGUUGGACUAGUGUAUUCUAUGCGUUUGGAAUCUUUGGUAUACUUUGGCUCAUGUUUUGGUUUGUAUUGAUAUACAAUCAUCCAAGUCGUCAUCCAUUUAUCAGUGCAAAAGAAAAAGAGUAUUUAAACACAGCUAUUAACGCUGUUGAUCCAGAAGAAGGCAAGUUAUCAAUUCCAUGGAAAAGUAUUGCAACAUCAGGACCAGUAUGGGGAUUAAUUAUUGUUCAAAUAGGUCACGAUUGGGGUUUGUUCACCAUAAUUACAGAUCUGCCAAAGUAUAUGAAGUCAGUGCUGAGGUUUUCAGUAGUUGAAAAUGGUUUAUUGUCUGGCUUACCAUACAUAGUAAUGUGGUUGGUAGCUAUGGGUUCAGGUUUCAUAGUAGACUCAAUGCUAUCAUCAAAAUAUUUUACUGUGACUUGCAUCCGUAAAACAUUUGUAACCAUAGCCAGUGUAGGGCCAGCACUUGGAAUUAUUGCAGCAUCAUAUUCUGGAUGUGAUAAGGUUUUAGCAGUAACUAGCUUCACAAUAGGCAUGGGACUUAUGGGUACUUUUGUGCCCAGUCUGAAAGUUAACGCCUUAGAUCUCAGUCCAAACUUUGCCGGAACAUUGAUGGCCAUCGUGGGUACAAUUGGGUGUUUAUCUGGAGUUAUUGCACCUUACAUUGUUGGCGUUAUGGUUCCUAAUAGUUCUAUGGAAGAAUGGCGAGACGUAUUUUGGCUGUCUGCUGCAAUACUAAUAGCCACCAACUUGUUAUUUUUACAAUAUGGCUCAGGAAAUGUACAACCAUGGAAUGAAAAGACAAACCGCCAGUAUAAGAGUAGCGAUAUUAAUAAUGAAAAUAAUACAACAUCAAUACUAAAACCAUUGUAAAAUAAUAAUCCAAUAAGUUUUGUACAGUUAAAACUUUAGUCUUAUAAUUUUUAUACUAAUUAUACUUAAGACAUAACAUAAUAUUUGUAAUAGUUGAUUCACAUUGUAUCAAAAGAACAAUAAAUAAUUUAAAAUUCUGAAA